AUGUCGAAUCCGACGCAUCCAUCAGCACGGGUCAUCGAGACUUCGAUCCACAUCUCUGCGCCGCUUUCCACGGUACGUUCGGUGCUACUCGAUUUUGCCUCCUACCCGAGCUGGUCGAGUUUCAUCACUUCGAUCGCGCCGGUCGCCAGCAAGGACAACGUGAGCAUCGAUGAUUCGCUCCGCGUCACGCUCAAUCCACCGGGAGGAUCACCGAUGAACAUGACACCGAAGGUCGUGCACCUCGACGACACCGGAUUAGGAUGGCAGGGUCAUCUAGCGAACAUCAGCGGACUGUUCGAUGGAAAGCACCUGUUCCUGCUCAGCGAGGAAGACGUGGAUGGGAAAAAGGGGACAAAGCUGGUGCAGAGGGAAGAGUUUGGUGGAGUGCUGUAUACUCCGUUGAUGAGUUGGUUGGGAUUUGGCGACAAGACAAAGAAGGGAUUCGAAGCGUUUGAUGCCAGCGUGAAGAAGCGAGCUGAGCAGGUGGCGAUGGAGGGAGGAAACACGCAGUGA